AUGAUUUGGAAAAUUGUUUUCAUCGCCUUUAUGGCUGUUGGUGUGUUGGCAGAAUACCAUGUGAGUGAUGAUCAGCGCCAACAGAUCAAAGAUAUGAUCAAAGAGCAAUGCAAGAAAAACGGUGCCGAAGACAAAGCUGAUGACGUAGAGAAAGCUGGUAAGACUUUUGUAGAGUGCGUCAAGGGAUUGUUCGACGUCAACGUUCUGAAGAGCGAAAUUGAGGCUGCGAAACCUAGGGGCGCUCUCGACGAGGUAUUCAAGAAGUACUGCGCAAAGGCGCCAGAGCUCAAGGCUUGCAUACACACCGCGACUGACGCCGUCAAACCUUGUCUGGAUAAAAUGGCGACGGACAAUAUCAAGCCGUUCGGCGAAGCCACAGACCAGCUCAUCGACUUCGUAUGCUACAAAGAUGGCGACCGCAUUGCAUUGUUCAUUGCAGAGGGCGGUCCCGAAUGCAUUCAAUCAAAAGUUGGAUCCAUCCGCCAGUGCGCGGAAAAUCUCAAGAGUAGCUUUCCAUCGUUGGAGGCCGCUCGGAAUUUAAGCCUUAAGGAAAAGUGCGGGAAAUACGACGAGCUAACCUCGUGUAUUGUGUCGGCUCUUGAAGAGUGCUCGACUCCAACGCCAGCCAAUAUGGCCGAAUCCCUUCUGAGAUACGUCCGCAAAGGCUCACCUUGCAAGGACCAAGCC